UGCCGUUAUUCCCAAGAAAACAUCAUCCCAUUGACAUGGCAAACGAAGCGUUAAGCACGAUUCUAGUGGCCUUCCUCAGCACGUAAUAAAUCGCGGAUUAUAAGCUUGUUAUUAUUAUUAUAAGGACGCGUGUUGGCUCUCCUGAGUCACGCGUAAGGAGAUCCUUUCUAACGGGUGUGUUCCAUGACGGUAUCGGUCGAGCAUCGCGGGCUAUCAGCUAGAACUCUCGAUAGACGAAACCAGGUGUGUUCUCCAGGUAGAACCUUCCUAUGCGGCCCCGGAGAUCGGUCAGAGAGAGAGAGACGAAGAGUGGGGAGCUCAUAUAAGACACCGGGCAAACGCCUCUCCCAGUGAGCAGUCUCGACACGAAAACUCAUCAGCCGAGCUUCCUCGGCUCUCAUACACCGAGAACGAGAGAGUAUAUUCUCUCCAGGCAUAUACCAGGAUAUUUCGUCGACUAGGACACUAUUGACACAUUUCGAGUUAAAUCCGUCACACGCCGUUUUCUCAGAAUGUCACAACACAUUUUCUCGCUCGUCCUAGUGUUCCUGGCUGCACAGGGCUCGCUGGGCCAAAAGCAGGAGGAUCCGUGCCAGACCAAAUCGCGCGUGAUAGGCGACAUCGAGUAUUGCGAUCGCUAUUGGGAGUGCGUGAGCGGUCGGCCGGAGCUGUUCGAUUGUCCGAACGGUCUCGUGUUCGCCGGCAAACAUCGCGGUGUCACCGAGGGCUGCGAUUAUCCGUGGCGGGCGAACUAUUGUGACGGCAAACGCCAAGCUAAUCCGCCGAUCCCGACCGAGCACUGCGACUGGCUAUACGGUAUCUUUGGCCACGAAACCUCCUGCACCAGGUACUGGACCUGCUGGAAUGGCACCGCCACCGAGCAACUCUGCAUAGGCGGUCUGCUUUAUAACGAAAGAGCCAGGUCCUGCGACUGGCCCGAAAACGUCGAGGGAUGUCAGAAGCAUCCUCUUUGCAACGACGACGCCAACGGCAACGUGCCCCUCGGCAAAUCGUGCAAUCGCUACUGGCAGUGCCAGGGUGGCUACCCGCGGCUACAGCGCUGUCCAGCCAUGCUGGUGUUCGACAAGCGGUCUCUGAGGUGCGUAGUGCCUCCGACGGAGGACUGCGACGUUCCUACGACGCCGCCGCCAACCGAGGGCGAAUUGUCCGAAGAUCGCAACGAGCAGCAGGAACCUGAGGAGGAGAAUCUGCCGCCCGGUGUGCCGCCUCUGCCAGCAGGCGCGUUGCCGAUUCAACUGCGCGCUCGCCACCGAAAUUAAAACGGUGAUCCGCAACUGUUCGGGGUCACGUCCAACCAUCAGGAAGGACGAAGGAAACCAGGAGAUCCCUUGCGACGAGCGAGAUCCCGGAGAUCGAGCUCGUCGAUCGUCCAUCGACAGGGAGAACUCGAGAAGUUCUCUCGUGAUUUCGAGAGUCUCUCCAGAUCUUUCCCUCCCUUCUGUAAUUCUAUUACUUUAGAAUCUAUUGGUUGGAUCGAUUUCGAGAUUUUUAGAGAUCUGUAGAUUUUAAUGUCUUGAAAUUAACUUCGAUAUUGGAGAAGUCAAUGUUCCGCGAUUCCUUGAGAAUGUCGAGAAAGUUUAUUUCUCUUUUGUAGCGAUCAAAAAUUUUAGUUUUUUAGUUGGUCUUUGAUACAAAGAUUUAAUUUUUAAUUAUGAAAUGUAAAUUUGAAUAUAAUAAUUAUUAUAAU